AUGAAGAACAGAAGACUACGAAAAUUAGAAAAACAACAGUCAGACGCCGAAACAAUAAGAGGAGACUCUGAAGACUCUUCAACAGACAGGAAAGUAAAGAGAAUAAGAUCUGACACUGACUCUAGUUUUGAGGAAUCUUCAGAAUUAUCUUCAGUUGAUAGUAACUCUUCAAAAGAGGACUCGAGCGACAGUGAACCCAUCAUUCAGAACAUUGGCAGUAAAAGAGGCAGACCUAGGAAAACGCACCGCAAGACAAACAGUUCGCAAAUAACCCAAAAGACAAAACCACGCUUGGGACGACGGAAACUGGAUCCAAAUGAUGCAAAAGCAACUGACAACGCCGGUCAAACUAAUUUACAUAUAGCUUGCAUGCGAAAUAACAUCAACAAAGUACGAACACUGAUUGAAAAGGGUGCGAACAUAAACGCAACAGACAAUUCAGAGUGGACACCUUUACACGAAGCUGCAUAUGGAGGAUAUUAUGAAAUUGUUGUGCUAUUAUUAGAACAUGGAGCAAAAGUAAAUGUAGUCGAUAAAGAAGGUGAUACUCCAUUGCACGAUGCAUGCUAUCAAGGACAUGUGGACAUUAUUAAAAUACUUUUAGAAUACGGAGCUGAUGUAGAAAAAACAAAUGACAAGAAUGAGAGACCCGAGGAUGUUAUAACUAGAUCUUCCGUAGAAUCGGACGAACAAAAAGAACAAAUUAUAAAACUACUGAACACUCCCAUACAGACGGAAAAAAAACCAAAAAAGUUAGGGCGCGUGUUAAUAGAACCGACCGUGGUAAUAGAAAGAUCUAAAUAUCGAACACUACCGUCAAGGUCAGAGACCGUAAGCAGACGAGGCAGACCUAGAAUACAAAGAGAAGAAAUAAGUACCGUUACGGCACCCCGAAGAUUGAGUGCUCGGAACACUACUAGAUCUCUCGCAUUUAACAACGAAGUACUCCGCAUAGAUCCGCGAGCUGUAGAUAAGACAACAGGCAGAACGCAACUUCAUCAUAUGGCUAAGCGCAAUAAAACACAAAAUGUAGGUCAUUUACUGGAAGAGGGAGCGCAUGUGAAUGCGCAAGAUCUCAACGGACGCACAGCAUUACACGACGCUGCUUGUGAAGGACAUCUCGAGGUUGUCAGUAUUCUGUUGGCAUACGGAGCUGACCCUGACAUUAAAGAAAAACAUAAGCAUAACACUGCAUUGCACGAGGCAGCGAGAAAAGGGCACAAAAAGAUUGUAGAGCUACUCUUGGAGUCUGCGAAUCCAAAAUCGAAAAAUGCGGAACACAAAACAGCGUUGGAAGUGGCUAAAACAGCAGAAAUUAAAAACACGUUAAGACGAGCGAUUAGAGGAGAUGAAGAUGGUUGUAUGGAUAUAGACUCUGACGAUAAUGAUGAUGAAGAAGAUAACACGGAUUCACCGGAAUUGUCACCGACUGUUACUCCAUCGCCGAUACCUCCAUCACCAAUGACUCCGUCGCCAGUAACACCUUUAGCUGGGAUGCAGUUUCCCGAUAUGUCAUUACCAUCGAAUACAAUGAAUAAUAAGAGCAUGUCGUACCCGGAAUUACGAUCGCCAGUUUCUCCGACGCUCGCUGUACAGUCAAUAGGUAUGCGAUCCCCAGGCAUACAAUCUCCGGUUAUGCUCUCUCCCUCAAUUCAGUCCUCUGAAUCCCAGUCUGCUCCUCGCACGCCCGUUGAUCUUCAAGCAGAUUCGGACGCUGACGAUCUAUCUCCACUGCAUCUCGACCACAAGCGAUGGAAUAAUCCUAAUGGCUGCUUACCUCUUCACACGAUUCGUCUUUACACAGACUCAUCUGACGUUCUCCAACUGGCCUGUUCAGCGAGUUCCUCGUACCCGAAAGAGAAAGCGUCACCGUUUGUCCUAGAUUUUCAAAUAGAACGUUAUCUCGAAAUGUCCUUUGGAUCGUUGGUGAGCAGUUGUCGUGGAUUGACAUAUCGUACUGUCAGUGAUACAGAAAAGGUGAAGUUGUUUUCAACGGUUAGAUCGUCGUUAUAUGACGAGUUGAUGGUGGGAUGGAACUUUGAGAAAAAGACCAAAAGACAUCUGAAAAGAAGCCUGUUAGAUGGGCCAGAGUUUGGGUUUGACAAUCAAAGGAGAGACUUUUUGUCCAGGGUUGUUCAUUUUGUCAAGCUUGAAGAUGUAAUGGCAUUAAUUCUUCGAGACUUUAAAUACUUUGACAUACACCAAAUUGCCCAGAUAUCCAUUGAUAUCUGCAAUACGCAUGAUAUAAUAGCCCAGUCAAUUUAG